AUUUCGUUAAGUUUGGAAUCUGGCAAUAUUUUUUUAUUAAUUACGAAAAAUGGAGUUUCAGAUUAUUAACAAAUUCAUUUUGCCGGUAUUAAGCUUUGUAAUCGCAGUGUUCGGAAUCUAUCAACUAUAUUCUCAUCGUGAAAAAAAUAUGUGCGAGAUGACAUACAUGUUUGAAUACCCAGAAUAUAUGAGAAUCCCUAUAAAACCUGAUCAGUUCAAUAAAUUUGCUCGCUAUGCAUUAUAUGUGUACGGUGAAGGGAAAUAUUUUGAAGAAAUCGAAAAUGGGAAAUUAUCUGGAAUUCCAGUCCUGUUUAUACCUGGAAAUGCUGGAAGUCAUCGUCAAGUUAGAUCCCUGGCAUCUGUUGCUCUGAGAAUGGGACAUUCUUUGCAUUCCUCUAACCAUUUUAAUUUUUUCACAAUAAAUUUUAAUGAAGAAAUAUCUGGGCUUUACGGUGGAACUUUAAUGGAACAAACAUAUUUUGUGAAUGAGUGCAUUAACCACAUUCUCAACAUGUACCCAACAAAUAAAAAAAUAAUUCUGAUUGGUCACUCAAUGGGUGGUGUUCUUUCCGAAGCUAUAUUUUCUCUUCCUUCAUUUGAUUCAUCUAUUAUUUCAUUAAUCAUCACUUUAGCAGCACCUCUUAAAGCACCUGUGAUUGUGCUUGAUGAAAAAACAGCAGAAUUUUAUAAAAUGAUUCAUGAAGCAUGGAAAUAUAGAUUAAGGAGUUCACUCAUGAAUGUCCCUUUAGUGUCCAUUGGAGGUGGGGACAGAGAUAUCCUUGUAAGAAGUGACCUAACAUUUAAUGAAUUUAAGCACAAAAGUAUAUUGGAUGUUACUGCUAUGACCAAUUCUAUACCAGGUGUUUGGGUUUCUGCAGAUCAUUUAGCUAUUACUUGGUGUAAGCAGCUGAUACUAACUAUUUGCCGUAGUCUAUUUGAUUUAAUUGACCCACAAACUAAUCAAAUUACCAGCAAGCCAGAUGUUAUUGAGAAAGUGCUGAAAUAUCAUUAUGUUCGCCGACCCUCUGGUAAACAUUAUUCGAGACUACCUUCAGUUCCUAUUGGAACAUUUCCUCCAUCAGGUCAAUGGAUUGAACAGGAUAGCAAUGCCUGGCGUUUUUCUCGGUCUAAGGUUCUUUCUGCAAUAUAUCUUCUGAUUCCAAUCACACAUGAUGACAGUAUACUGAUUAUUGCCACUGGCCUUGUUAAAAAAGAGUGGAUAUAUGGAUGUACUGAACUGUCUAAAUCAGAAAUGACAACAUGUUCAGUUGGGGAGAAUUUGUCAGACAAAGGUCAAAUUAUUCCAUCCAAAAGUAAAAAAGGGGAAAGAAGAAUGAUUGUGGUUGAUAGUGAAGAGCUGAAAGAUAAGAAAUACUUGUAUCUUCUGGUUUAUAUCACUCCUUUGGACUCCCAGGUUGAUAUUAUUGGCGAAAGGUUCAAUUCUAAUCUCCGUUCCAAAAAUAUAGAGCUUCCAUCCCUUAUACAAAGAUUCUUCAAGCCACCUGUCAGACUUUUAAGUGUCUCAUUGCCUGAACAAUCUAUAUUCUUCAACAUUACACUCAAAAAUAGUUAUGGUAUAUAUGAGUCUACAGAACUGCAACUUGAAACAAGACUUUGUAGAGCUGGAAGUGUUGUUGGUCAAGGUCUUGUGAAAAUUCAUCUGCCUUGCAACAAUGAAGAUUCUUAUCACCAUAUCAGGACUACAAUGGGAGGAUUAACUACUAUACCUGUAAAACCUCACACCCUACCUUCAUUUGAAUCUGGCUGUGAAGUCCAUUUAGAGUUAUAUUUAGAUCCAGAAUGCAGCAUUGUUUUAUAUGCCAAAUUCCCUUUCUAUCUUGCCUCAAGUCAAGUAAUACUUCUUUAAUUUAUUAUUCUUGUAAUGCUUUUGUGCUCUUGAAAGAGCUUUCUUUUAUUCAAAGUAUCAAUAACAAACAACACAUUGUUCAGCCAGUGGCGUGUAGAGACGUUUGGGUGCCUAAUGAGUCUUCUCAAUUAAAUGUUUUUGAAAAGAAGGGUAUUGCUUCUGCAGGGAGAAAAAGAAAACAAUUU